AUGCGCUCAAGGCCGCUCUGGAUUGGUUUCCGGACGACGCCGGGAACCGGUCCGUCCUCGUCGGGUUUUCCGGAGGUGUGGACUCAACGGCACUCCUCCAUCUGCUCGGGGCGCCGGGCGGCCUCUGCGGUAGAACCGGCGGGCCGCAGCUUGUUGUCGCACACCUCGACCACCUGCUGCGGCCGGAUUCAGCGGAACAGGCCGAGUUCGCGAGAACCGUGGCGGCCUCGCUCGGGAUGGACUUCUUCAGGCGCCCGGCGGGAUGUCGGCGCCCGCGCGAAACGGGAGGGCCGCUCUGUCGAAGAAGCCGGCAGGCUCGAAAGGCUUGACUUCUUCGCUGAAAUCGCCCGGGAACGGGACGCAGGCGCGGUCCUCCUCGGGCACACGCUUACCGACCAGGCCGAAACCGUAUUGCUGCAACUGGUGCGGGGCGCCGGGACUCUGGGACUCGGCGCCAUGGCGCCCAUCCGCGGGGACAAAAGAGGCAUCGCGAUCGUCCGGCCGCUGCUUUCGGUCUCCCGGACGAUCCUCGUCCAGGUCGUCGAGGAGGAGGGUUGGCCGUUCUAUGCCGAUCCAUCGAACGAGCUUGACGAAUUCGCGAGGAACCGAAUCCGGCACCAGGUCCUCCCACUCCUCAAGGACUCGGUGAACCCACAAGUGGAAGCGGCGCUGGGCCGGACGGCCUCGCUCCUCAGGGACGACGAAGAAUGGCUGAGCGAAAUCACCUCCCGCCGUUUCACCGACGUCGCCGACGUCGUGAGGCGUGGGAGAUCCGCCGAGGUGCGCUUUGGGGUCGCCGAACUUGCGGCAGCCCAUCCGGCGCUGGCGCGCCGCCUCGUUCGCGAAGGACUCCGGAUCGCCCGGGGGAACCUGCGUCGCUGCAUCGGCGCUUUUGACAAUGUUUCUAUCACACUUCAGCAACACUCCAGCACGACACUCCCACGAUCGGUGCUGCGCCUGGUCCGCGCGCGGCGCGGAUGA